GUAUCAGUUUUAGUUUUUCUAACGAGACAGAUCAAAAGUCAUUGAAGAUGUGUACUGGUAUCCAUUGAGUUAUUCACAUGUGUCGUAAACUACGAAUGACACUGAGCAUUUAGAAUAUUUAUAACUUUGCUAUUGUUACGUUGGCCAUAUAAUAUCUAAGACUAAACAUAGAAGUAAAUCUAACAUAUACAUAUAAUGACAUUAAGUUUCCUGACUUAUUAGUGUUUUUUCACAUUGCAUGACGAGAUAUAAUAUAUUAUUAUGACGUUAGAUAGUAUGUUAAUAAAUAAUUUAUAUAGAAAAUUCAUACUGUUUAAUUAUGUUUAACAAGUAUUAUUAGACAAUCGAUUUUUGAUCUUUCGGUAAUUCCGAAAAUGAUAGGCCCAUGUACAUACAUUUCAAUUCUGAAACAGUUCGAAUUUUCCAGUAUCUAGUACUAUGAGCACGCUUUGAUACUUAAAUUCUUGGAAGUCUUGAUGGGUUUCAUAAUCUUAUAUAAGAUAUUGAAGAUCUAAUAUAAAAGAUCAUAUAUCUAAGAUAUUAGAUACUUACUACGUUUCUGAACUUUAAAGAUUCAACAUCUACAUCUAUUAUGACUUAAGUUCGAAAUCUGUCAAGUCUUUGUAUGUAUCGAGUAGAUAUUCGAAUUUUUCGUCGUAUAUACAUAUUUGAGGAAUUUCGAAUUAUUUCAGAGCAUAUCGUUAUCCAUUAUCGUGCACGCAUUUUCAUCAGUUUUUCAAACUAAAAUUAAUAUCUGCCGAUCGAUUGAUUAAUUAUUUAUUACGUGACAAUUAACCUUAAAACACGCCCUCUUAACUGUCUGGAUGAUGCGCAGCCUUGAUCAUCCCCGAUACGGAACGUGAGCGUACUUGCUCAAAUCCGUCCGCCAUAACCUUAGCCUGACGUCAUUCGCUGACACUUCUUUACUUUGUGAACGUUUCACUGUAUACGAAGAAAAGCUUUUAACAUGUUUGUUAGUGCUUUGAUAGUGCUAUUGAAGCCGUUUGAGUAAGUAGUUCUCUGUGGUGCUCCAGAAAUUGUAAUUCCUCAUCGUCAUUAUUAUGGUACUGCAACUAUGUCAGCUUUACAUCAAUAAAAAAAAUGGUUAUCACAUACUUUCAAUAACGACGAAGCUUAUUCAGUUUUGUACGUUCAGUCCCUGUUUUUGUACAUGAUUUGUGUAACGCAUGGAAUAAAUAAUCGCAAUAAAUGCAAUAUAAAGAUUUGACACAUUUGUGAUCUGUCAAUGAAUAUAAAUAAUGUAACCAGAUGAUUAAAUCAUGUAAUUUUAGCAGCAAGAGUUUUUGCAUUAUAUGUGAUUUGCAAUGUUAUAUUGGUGAAAAAAAGAAACAUGUUUAACAAACCAGAAAAGCACUUCGUUUAUGCGAGAUAUGGUGCAGGCAAGGGGGCUGCAAUGAUGGAAGAUCCACAAACACCAGGAUCUGAUUGUAACUCCAAUCCUGCAAUAGAUUCUAUUCAACAUGAUUUAAUUAGUUCUGAAUUUGUGCAGGACAAUGUGGAGUAUCAAUGGUUCAUUGAUUAUGGCUAUAGAGAUGGAGGACUUCAUGUUCAUCCAAGUGUGUUAUCCUCACUCUCUGCUUCUUAUUCGCGGGAAGAUUUGGGCUAUUAUGAUGAUCUUGCCCGUAAUCUGGAUGCCAAUUUGGCAGAGAUUGAUAUGGAAAGCUUUCGUACAGCAGAUAUCCAUACUUUGCUUACAGCAUUGCCCGUCAUGUGCACAGAUCCAGUUCAGCAUUCAGAGGGAGAAGAUUCUGCUUGUUCAACAACAGAUACAAUUUCUAUUUGCAAAUCGUCAUUACUCUUCUCUCCUUUGAAAGAGACACCCAUACUACCACCAGGGGGUAGUUAUAGCGUCGACUCUCUGGACUGCGAGGAUAUGCUGCUAACAUGUCAGACGAAUAAUAAAGACAACUACACUAUUGCUUUUGAGGGUAGUAUCACAAUGUAUUCAGAUGGUUCUCAAGAUUUUGAAAACCAAGAAAAGCAGCAGAAAACUUAUGAAACGGCAGAACCAUAUUAUAAUAGAAAUGUGGACUCGAAAAAUGUAUUAGACUUAUCAAUGGCAUGUUCUGAUUCUAAAAUAUAUACAACAUGGAGCAAUUUGAAACAUUCUUCUAUGAAUAAAAUUAUAACUCGACAUCCGUCAGGCAAUAAUAAUACAAUACCAGAAUUUUCACAUGGAGUGGAAAAUAUUAUAUCUGCAUCAAAUAAGAGAAGUCAAAGUUUGCCAGAUCUUACUCAAGCUAGACAGUUACACGUUGAUUCUGCAGAGUCAAAUAAUCAUGUACAACAGUUACACAGUUCAGGAUCUGUAAUGAGUCGGUCUAUAAAUGAAGAAAGUUCUGAUAAUGGAGAACAUAAUUCAACAGGAAAGAAAUUGCAAAAUUUAAGUCUUGUAAAAUUGUUUAUGAAACAAAAAAGUAUGAGUGCUGAAGGAAUGAGUCUUACAUUGGAUCAAUCAGACUCUGUUAGUGAUAACGGAUGGCCUACAAAUAAUAGUGCUAGUGACAGUGGUACUAAUACAAAUACGCAAAUACAACGGCAAAAUAUAAAUAAUAUCUCUAAACGUCAAGUUCCAGAAACUGAUUUUUCUAUUAAUUGGGUCAAAAGUGAUCAACAUAACAAUCAGGACACAGAUAAUCAAAAAGACAGCUUUAAUGACAUUCCAAAAUAUACAUCAACGAUAAGUGAACAAAAGGAUGAAAUGAUGUCAUCUGCAUCUAUAGAAGAGUUAUCAGAGAACAUGUCUAAAUCAGAUCUAACACAUGGUAAUGAUGCUGAGGAAAAUCACAUUGAUGUCGGUCCUAAUGUUUUCGAACAUCAGCGAAAAACUGUAUGGAUUAAGUCAUUAGAGAAGAAAUAUCCAAUAUGCAAGACGACAGGUAUUCAAGCAAUAGCUGAAACAGAGGAUAAUUCAGUUCAAACAUCAUUAGUAUAUACACCGCCCAUAAAGGAAAAAGAAAAUCCGUCUCUAAAGGAAACGAUUGUUAAUAAAAAGCCAGUCUAUGUUGUAUAUCCGAAUUACGCUUUGCCUGACUUAUCAUUUCUCAAUAUUAAAGAUACAAAAUUGGAUAAUAUAGCCUUAAAGCCGCAAUGCUUUGGAAAAAAUAGAGUUAGUUGGAAACAUACUGGUAGAUCUGGUAGACCAUUUUCAUGUAAUGAUAUAGACACGUUGCGUCAACGUGGAUUUUCACAUGUUAAGGAUUGGGAGUCGUUAACAUUUCUCUUGCCUGCUGAGUACAAGAAAAUUUUGCACGAUGUACCAGAAGUGUCGAAACAUAUUAAUAUUCAUGAAGAAACGAAAAAGCCGCUGUUUUGUUUAUCCCCUCCAAUGCGUCAUAAAACUCGUACUAUAAGUGAAAUCAUACCAAAUAAUUCAUCCUCCACUAGCAGUACCGCGACACAACCAUCCUCCGGAUAUCGAGGUUCUUCUACCAUAUUAACAGACUCGUCAACAAAUCAACAAACAUUAAAUGCAACCAAUCCAUUGUAUCUUUACCGUUAUGAUAGUAUUAGUUCUGAGGCCAGUUUAGUAAGUAAUGAUAAAAAGAUGCAUAGGCAAAUUAGCAAGACAAAAACAGUCUGUCCAUCUCUCCCAAAACGAUCGAUCUCUUUACCACACGGUGAUCGUGAAUCCGAAUUUUCUAGUGGAAAAGUGCCACCAAGACCACCUUUACCCAGAAGUAUUUUAAGGAAAAGCAAGGUUCCUGCAAGUAAGAGAUAUAGCAUGUUCGAGAUGGGAGAUGUAGAAGAAAUAGAAGAUCAGUCGGUUCCUGAAACGAAUAAAAGAAUGUCAUUACAAGAACCAUAUUAUAUGAAUAACGAUUUACAAUUAACGUGUCGUGGUCGAAUUAUUGAUUCAGAGAAAGAUGUCGAUGAGACGGAAGAAAAAUAUCAUGUAGAAAGAGUGAAUGAAUUGGCUAAUACUGGCGACUUAGAGAUUGAAAAUUGUGAAAAUAGUGAAGACGAUGUAAAACAAUUGGAAGAAUUUUUGAAACGCAGUGGUUUUUCGUCACAAAGUAGUGAUGGAGACACUGAAGAUCCCGAUGUUAAAUUAAGAUCGUAUGUAAGAAAGUUUUUAGCUCUCAGGAUGAAUAAAGAUGUUACCAAAGUUACUGAUAUGAUAGAAUCACAGAAAAAGACUGUCAGCUUUGCCGUAAACCAAAGAAAAAAAUAUUUAGAUAAUAAGGUUAAUUUAAACAUUGUUACAAAUGAACAAGAAAAAGAUUCUGCAUUUACAGAGGAAAGAAGAGCAAUGAGCCCAGAUAAUAAAUUGGAUUUAGAUGAAAAGAGAAAAAUGAUAUUAUCCGUAAAUAAAGCGGCAGAUUUAUUACUCAAAUAUUGGAAUAGUGAAUCAAUCCAUAGACAGAAUUAUAAUGAUAAAAAUGAAUGCGCUCAAAUCUGUGUUAGUAAUUUAUGUCCAGCUUUGUAUACUAUCAUGUCAGAUGGAUUGAAAUCGCAUUUAAGUUCAACAUUUGGACCAAUAACAAAUAGUGUUUGGCAAGUGGUUGAAGCAUCUUCUCAACAAGGUCCAGUUACUAAAACAUUAAAUGAAUUAGUACAAAAAAUUAAUGGCGAUGAUGUUAUUACUGAGGGAAUGCUAAAGUUUCAUGCAUUUGUAUUUGGUUUAUUAAAUUUAAGAGCUUUGGACGCAUGGUUUGCAUAUUUAUGUACAAGAGAAUCCAUCUUAAGGAAACAUUACAAUAGUAACAGUUUAUUUGUAGCAGCUUUGGCUAAUGCAAAUGCGCGAGAAGUUAUCGAUGCUCUCUUACAUAUUCUAAAUCCUCUUGCAUUUUGCCCUUUUCAGCUUGAUCUUCUAUAUCAGUAUCGUCAACUACAUAAUAGUUUUGGCAGUUUACAUAAUCAUACAAUAAAUGCUGUAAACUUUAGAAAUAUUGAUUCAAAAGAACAUCAUUUUGAUAAAACUGAUACGUGUGCAAUAGUUUCUAGUCCCAGAAAAGUACGUCCGCGAUCAUGCGUCGCUUAUAACAACUAUGACGAGAAGCCUGGUAUACAUAAGUCAGAUAUGGAAACUGUUAAAAAACGCUUAAGUAAUCCUAUAGGUUCGAAAAUAUUUCGUGCUCUUGAUAAACUGGCUUCCGAAGAUUCUGAAGAUUACACCGAUAGUUUAGAACAUUCACCAUUGAAUAGAGCGUCGAAUAAACAGCCUGUAUCAAGGAAAUCUCAUAAUUCAGAAAAUAAAAUGGACGAUGAAGACAAUAUGUCCGGAGAAGAGAAAUUUAGAAAACUUCAAGAAAAGUGGGAAUUAAUGGUUGGAAAAGAAGAGGCAAAAAUUCAACCGACGAUAUCAUCGCCUUUAUCACCUAUAAGAACACCUACCGGUAUAGGAAAGUCUAAGAUACCUAGGCUUCUUACUUCACCAGUAAAACAAUCGAAUACGAUAUCAGGACCUGUUAAAAACACGAAAUCUCCAAUUUCCGGGAUUCCAUCCUUGAAGAAGCCUGUUAUGUUAUCAACGACAAAAACCACUCCGAAAAAACCAAUAGACGUAAGAAACAAAGAUACAACAAAACGUACUAGUAGAGUGGAUCAGGAAAUUAUAGGAACAACAAGAACUCAUCUAACACGACCUAGUUCUCUACCAUACAAGUCUUACGGUGUAAUGUCUAAGGAUAAACAUUUAGUAUCUCCUCAAAGACGAGCAGCGUCUACGUCUUUACCACGACCAACUACUACUAAUACUACAAGAAAUCAUCCUACAAAAAAACCACUUAAGUAAGUACAGAGAAAUAAAAUAGGUUCAAUGCGUUAAGUAUAUUCAUUUCAUUGAAUUUUUAAUUAUCAGAAACGUUGCAACGUUUCGUGUUCUUAUUAUUUUGCAUUUUAUUAAUUCUUGUAGUAUUUUAUCGUAUUAUUUAUAAUUUAUAUAUAUUGUUUUAUUAUAAUAGCUAUUUUAUUUUAAGUUUAGAGCUUAA